ACGGUAAUGGUGGACUAGCUGCUGUUGCAACGAACUGGUGAUAAUCAGAAGACACUUUUUGGACCACCACUCAGGGUAUAAUGGAAGCAUUAGUACGUGGGCUUUUCACAGCGGUCAUGUCUGUAAUCGGAUUAGUCUACUUUUUCUGUUGGUCUCCACGACUGCGUCUCCUAGGACUUUGUCACAUCCUUCUGUUUUCCACAGCAGCUGCCUGUUGCAGCCUUUAUCAUUUCACGGCUAACAACGUAUACGUAGACAAAGAAUGGCCUAAUACUUUUACUACAGCAUUCGAUACCUGCUUUCUGGUUGCACAAGUGUGGGCGAUUCUCCUAAGAUUUGCACUGCCAUGUCAUGCAGGCAGCAACUGUAAAUUAUUUGGUCAGUGUGUUCUUGUCAUAUUUCCAGUUUCGUGUCUAGUUGUGGUGAGGGUCGCAGGGCUGCUCUCUUGGAGUUGGAUUACUACAUUGCAGUGGUUGGCAGCCAUCAUACUGGUCCUAUGGGAUGUUAUAGACAGCGUGAAUGUUUCAAUUAAAGUUGAAUGCAUAGUGAUGAGCGUUGUGCCUAUUGUGGGGUCCCUGCUGCUUUGGGCAUUUGAAACGUGGGUGUUGGAUUUGUAUGGAAUACUCUAUGGGUUCCGGUUUAUUCUUCUCUCAGGGUACGCACUGUACUAUAUCAAUAUGCUGGCAAGAGUUGUCUUGAAGAAUGUUGUGACCUCCUUGAAAUGAAUUUUUUAGUUGAAAUGAACACUGGAUACAUUUUGUAGCAGUUGUGUGUGUAGGUAAUAUUAUUAUUAAUUUACGACCUUAGAGACAAAUUUGACGGCCGAUGUAGGAAGAACCAUGAUUGUUGCUAUUUGUAGUACUAUUUGAUGUCACUGUUGUUAUCAUACAUUAAUUAAUUAACAAAUUAUUGUAGAUUAAAUUGAGACAAUGAUAAACACUAAAUAGCAUCAAUUAACUGGCAAUUGAAACAAUUGACCAGGUACAGUAGCAUGGUAGUUUUUGGCAUUCUGCUAAGUUACCAUUCAGCAUGCAG